AUGAGAAACAAGAAAGACGCCAAAGAUGCCGUCAUGGACAUUGGAAUGGAGUAUGGGCUCAUUACAAAAGAGAUCAUGGAUCAAAGGGCACCCAAUGUGCGACUCGUCGUAGAAGAGAGCAUGCUCGCCAGGGACAAAAAGGUUGGCCAGGCAAUCAAAACCCUGGCCAAGCAUAUUUCCACGAGUGAUGCCUGCUUCGUUUUCGAACUUCUUCAAAAUGCGGACAAUAAUCGCUUCACGAAUGCCAACGCUCAAAGUGAAUCACCCUUUAUCGCAUUCAAGAUCUACUCCGAUCGCAUUGUGGUCGAAUGUAAUGAGGAUGGAUUCACAGCAAGUGACCUUUCCGCCAUUUGUACGGUCGGGGAGAGCCCCAAGUCAGCCUCACAUGGAUAUAUUGGGGCCAAGGGAAUCGGAUUGAAAUCUGUUUUCAUCGCGACAUGGAAAGUGCACAUUCAGUCUGGCCAUUUUUCAUUCUGCUUUCAACACAAGGGUGACCAGGGUCUCGGAAUGGUUCAGCCAGUGUGGGAAGAUGCCGAUGUGCUACCCAAUGCCUUGACCCGGAUGACACUUUAUCUGCACGAGGAUGGGGAUCCGCAGGAAAUCGACUUCCUUCGUCAGACAAUAUUCAAGCAACUGAAUGAUCUUCAGCAGGCAUAUCUGCUUUUUCUCCGAAAUUUGAAAGAGAUACGGGUCUUUUUCUACAAUGAGGACGGGGAACUGCAAAACUCCAAGAAAUUCUGUGUUGGAGACAUUCACGACUCUCGCCAUUCUCUGGAAACUGAACUGACAGACGAGAAUGGUCAAAUUACUGUGGAAUACAGGCAUUACCAUGUCACAAGACAAGUGGCAACUGAUCUUCCAAAAAGCAACAAUAGCAAUAUACCCGAUACAGAAGAAGCAACACGGGCGUCUUUAAGAGCAGAGGUUUUCCUAGCGUUCCCUCUCACGCACCUGAACGAGCCGUUACUAGAGCAGCAAGAUAUUUUUGCAUUUCUUCCAAUCAGGGGGUCCAGUUUCGAAUUCCUAAUACACUCGGACUUUGACACCACUGCAAACCGACAGGACAUUUCAAAUUCCGGAAGAAACAUGGCGCACCGAUCCUGGAUUGCACAAGCUUUUCUCAAGGCUGUUUUAGAAUUCUGCGAGGAUCCAGACUUGUGUUAUUUAUGGCCAAGGUUUCUUCCCUCCACGGAGGGCGAUGAAAAUAAUUUUUGGACAGACCUGUCUGGCUCAAUCAAGCAGCUCAUUCAUGGGACUCCCGUUUUAAAAUCCCAACACAGCAACAGCCUGCGGAAGAUCGAUGAUGUUGUCAUUCCCACUCCGGAUUUUAUGGAUGACAAUCAAAGUCCGCUUCUCGAGGAUUCUACGCUGGACCCGUUUCUCUCGAACAAGUAUCCUCCCGACUGUAUAAAAUCUCUGGAACGCUAUGGCCUCGAACGCAUGAGCCAUGAUCUGGUUAUCAGGAUGCUACGAGACGAUUUGGAGAAUCCGGCCUCGAGGAUGAAGUCUGAAAUAACCAGCGCGGAAUGGCAUUCACAAUUUGCGAGGCUAUUGUUGCAGGUUGACAAAGGAUCUAUUGGCAAACUCGCACUCAUUCCUCUCAGAUUUGGCAGAUGGGUUUCUGUCAGCGCUUGGUCCAUAUACCUGCCAACCACAAACGGGAUUCCUGUCCCACCGGGAGUGGAUAUGCAAAUCAUAGAGCCAACAGCGGUUGCCAACAAAGACAGGCACCGAUUGUUCGCACACCUUGGAGCUACUGAGGCAAAAGUCUAUGCGGUCCGCCAGUACAUUCAUAUGCACCACGACAUCUUCGGGCGUCGAGUUAGUAGGACGAAUUCAAUAGCCCAUUUACGCUUCUUGUACUUGACCCACGUGGAUGAGGUGGAGUCAUGUUACAAAGAUAUAGCCGUCCACAGUGAGGAUGGUCAUGUAGGGUAUCCGCAUCGAGAAGACUUUUAUCUCCGUACGGGUCAUCCCUAUGGGCCGGAGUCACUUCUCCCUGCGGACAACACACACGGCCUCCAACUGUUUUUCCUUCACCCAGAGUACCUCAAUGCUACAAUUACCCCAAGCUCAGAACAUCGAUCAUGGAGAAACUGGCUUCGACGUUUUGUUCAUGUGCAUAAAAGACUAAGUCUUGUCUCUCGCGAUUGGGAUGACCUCUCGGAGUCUUUGAGAUAUAUCGCGGAGCACCGACCAGAAAGGUUUCUUGGUUUUCUGGAAUAUCUUUGGAAAUAUGAUGGCGAUUCAAUCAGUCGAGAUGAUGAGCUUAUACAACUGAUCAAGGACACAGACGCAAGCAGCUUCUGCAUAGCUGACAUUAAACCGACGGACAUGGACCAAACUUUUCUUCCCCUACCGAGACUCCAGCGACUCUGUUCACGCUUCAUGGAAGCGAACGAACCAUUUCCCUUCUUGAAGAUCGAUGAGAUAGCCUCCUCCGAAGAACUCAGCCCCAAGUGGAUGUUUCUCCACUCCGUCUUUUCCGUUGGCAAGGAUGACGACUUGGAAUUUGUUCUUAAGAUAUUGUGGUGGAUCAACGCCGAGGACCGCAAACAUCUCGAUGAUCUCCAUUUGAAAAACCCGAAACGCAUAUUGGAUAUAUACGUUACGAUUGACUCAAAGUGCCUCGGUUCACAAGACCCACAGGCCGCAAGGACCGAAGCCAGAGAAUACAUUGAGCAUUACAAUCUAGUUUUUAUGCCGCACCCUGGUAAUCCUAAAAAUUACGCUGCUGAAUGGUUUAAAUGGAAGCCAUUUCGAUGGGAUAGUCCAUCAGAUAUGUUGUCAGCUUAUUGUCUUAAGCAUAGCUACUCACAACUGGUUGACGAAGAUCAGCUGGAUCAACUUUCACGGUUCAUGAAGAGAACCAUGUCAAUUCCAGAUUUCUCGUGGGAGGACAUGAUAGUCGAGCUUGAGGUAAUAAGGGAUAAUGGCUUCGAAGAUUUGGAUCGUGUCUUUGCCAUAUAUGAAUGGAUAAGCAAGCUCGACAUCCUUGCCUUUGCCGAUGAACUCAGAAAUGAGUUCCAGACCAAGGACCUGAUAUUUGUGGUCAACAAGGGGGAACCUGGUUGGUACAAGAGCUCGAGGUGUUUAUGGUCCACAACAGAGAUUCGAGGUAAAGUGACCCUAAACGGUCACUACGAAGAUCUGGAAAGAUUUUUUAUAGAGGGUAUAGGGGUCCAAAUGCUGACUCUGCAAAUGGUCUAUGACGACUUACUCCAAGCCGGUCCCCAGGCGUCGUACAGUGAGAUCAAAGACAAGAUCUGGUCCCUCAACGCGCUUCUCCAGACAGAAUCAGAAUCAGAAUCUAGUCAUGUCGACCCAGAUUCUUUGAUGCUGGCCUACGUACUUCCCAUCAUCAAUACGGAUGGUACAACAUCUCUAGUUACUUCAGGUGCUGAGUUUGCCAUCGCAGACCAAGACUACUUGGCCGUACACUUUCUGGGCCGCAUCAAAUUGCUUCAUUACAGCCUCGAGGAUGUCGGACACCUGAGCGUCUUCCUUAAGUGGGCUAAUCUUACACAUCGCUACUUGUCUACUGCGGUCAGAAAGUUCACCCCUGUCCCCGGAGAGACAAGGCCACUCAUACCCAGGCGUGAUCAAGACUUGAAACGAAAAGCGCAUGGUCUUGUGCUUGUUGCGGCAACAUUCAAUAGUCCUCGCUACCAGACCAAUCCAGCUAGGCUGUACGAAAUGCUUCGCACAACCAGCAUUGAAAUGACCAACGGCAUCUCCUCUGUCUUAAGCAUUACCCAAGAUGGAAAUGUAACAGAGGUGAAAGAAUCAAUCGGCAGCUUGCAUAUCAGCGAAACCCCAACCGGGUUAACUAUAUACGUUCCCUUGGACAAUAAGGAACAGGAACUCUGCUUCAGCUCCCUUCUGCCCGUCCAGCUCACAGAAUGGCUGAUGCAAGAUCCUAUCACGCAAAUUCCAGACAAAAUCGACAGCUCCUUGUUGACUGCAAUUACUACACUUCAACGUUAA